ACGAUGGAUCUUGCUACUAUCUUGAACCCUACUCAGAAACAAGAACAAUCUUAUCAACCUAUCGAUCAUCAAGUCAUCUAUCAUCAACAACCAUUUUAUUCAUAUCAAAGCAAUCAUCAGGGUUUGAGAUCACCUCCUUUAUCUCCAAGAAAGAUACGUCACAAUGUGCAUUCUUCCAAUACCAUCAUCCAUCAUAUGAAACCGCGUAGUCGAUUCUCAGCGUUGGAAGAUGCAAUCAUAUGUCAAGGUGUAGCAAAUGGGUUAACGUGGGGUCAAAUCUCGGGACAAUUACCUCAUCGCAAACGAGCUACUUGUUUCAAUCGGUAUCGUACACUGCAAGGCAUUCGAAAAUCAAGACCUCAUUCUCCUCUUUAUGAUCCAGCAUAUCAUCAACCUACUCCUUCUUCUUCUUCUUGGUUACCUUCUACUCCACCUUCUUCUACUUGUGUUCCUAUAAUGAUGAAAGAUAAUACUACAUCUUCUGGUUUUGAAAUUGGUUUGGAUCGACGUUACUCUAGUUGUUCUUCUGUAUGUACUUCUCCUUUACCCAGUCCUGCUUUACUUCAUCAAGAUUACUGGCAUUCUUAUGACUAUUCUCGUCGUGCUUCAAGUUCUACAACCUCUUCUUCUUCUUCAUUUUCUUCUACUUCUACUUUUGAUCAGUGUCCUCUUUGAAAAAGGUGUCUUUCUUUUUUUUUCUUUUUGAUUCAUCACCACAUUCAUUCACGUUACCACAUCAUCAUCGUCAUCAUUAUUUUACUUUAGUAUAGUUAUCUGUUAUUGAUCAAAUCCAUUUUUGCAUCUUUCCUUUCUUUUUCAAUUGUAUUUUUUUUUAUUUUUAUACAUAGUUGAUCCCAUUCCCUCGUUUUCACUCAUCAUCAUCAUUACCUUUACUUAUGCUAUGAUUAUUUCUUUUCUUUUUUACAUAAUGUUAAUAAAGUGUGAUUCAUUUCCUCUCGUUUCAUGGUUUUUUUUUUAUAUUUCAUUGAUAGUUGUUUUGGUAUGACAAAAUAGAUUUUUUACAUCAUUUUUUCUGUCAAUUUUUUACUAUUAUUCUAUCAUGUACGCGCGAUUUGAAACCUUCUAAUUUCUUUUAUUGUUAUUGAGUUGCUGGUUUAGG